GUCGAUGGUCUUCCAUGUUGACUUUCAACAGCUCUGUUGAUUUCUCUAACUUUUACAAGACUGGCUUCGACCAGAAACCAGCACAAGAAACGAGAAAGAACCAAGACCAUGAUGCCAUACCAGGUUGACGGGUCCGUGUGAAAUGAAAAUGUCUGGGGACACCACCACCACUAUAGCUAGCAUAUACAUUAGAUAGAUAGAACUACAAUCAAACAAACAACUACAUCAAGAUGUCCGAAGGAGGAAUGAGUCAACACUUGCACGGGAGUGCGUUGUUGGUUCCAUCGGACGACGAUUUGUACGAUGCGGGAUGGGCGAAACACUGGGAUCCUUCGCGAGGUGCCUAUUACUACUAUCCCAUUGACGGGAGUCAAGCGACGACAUGGGAGAAUCCGUUGGUGAAACCGGCCACAUCCAUUUCAGUGGGACGCAACAACAACAACAACAACAAUUCCUUUACUUCUAAAAUGACGGAAAUGAAUUCCAUCUAUGAAGAUUAUGAAGAAGAUGAAGAAGAAGAGGGUUCUGAUUCGUCGUCCUUUUUUGAUCCCAAUGAAGCUUCGUUCUUUCAAGAAUCGGGAGUCUCGUUGACACUGAGUGCCUUGAUGGCAGGAGGCAAAAAGAAAAAGAAACAGACAGAUCAUAAUAGUGCCAGUGUGCAGUCGGCGGCUGCUAAACUCCGUGCUGCCGCAAUGAAUCAAUCCCAGUCGCAAUCCAUGAGCGGUUCCAAACAUCCACAAAAACAAAAAUCACAAGGCUCCAUCAAACAACAGAAAUCACAAGCAUCAUCCUUCAAGCAAUCCCAGCAAUCGUCGGCCAGUCUCAAUCCACUCGAAUUCGCCUCAUCGGGCGAAGCUUCCAUGACUACAGACGACUUACGGAGAUCCAUCAAAAGUCAACUCGAUUCCAGUCAACCCAUUUUCGAGUCUCCCAAUGAAGACGCCAAAAGCAACGACAGCUUUGAAAACUCUCAAUCGGAAGAUGACGACAUUCACAACAGCAUGCCCAACAAUGAAGCUUCCUUUGCCAUGGAUCAGUCCACCAAUCUAAACUCCAAACGAAACAACAUGCACCAUAGUGGAGCCGUCAGUGCCACGGAUGAUGACGACGACUUUUCAUCCUCCUCCGAGCAAGAAGAAGAAGAAGCAUUCGAAGAUGAAGACGAGGACGACGACCGCAAAAAACCACUUCGCAUGCCCCGCCCCAAACCUCCCAAAGACCCCAAUGAACUCGCCGAGAAACGUGCUCGAUUGCAAGAACAGAUCGAUGCCACGGCGGCAUUGAUCGAACGACGACGACAAGACUACGAAGCAUUGUUUCCAGCACACCAACACGAACCAAAGCAUCGCAAAUGUGGACCCCUUCUGGCAUGUCUCGUGUUGAUCUUGCUCGUUACGGGGCUGGUCCUGGGAGGAUACUUUCUCGCCAAAUCCGUCAUUGAUAGCGCCAAUGCCCCAACACCAGCGCCCACGACACCUACUGCCGCCCCCAUUGUCUUGCCGGAUUACACCGAAACCGCCCUCGCCAAUCCCGUCUCGGAACAAGCCACGGCAUUGAAUUGGUUGCAAGCCGAUCCUAACUAUGCCAACUACACACAACAGGAACGAUACACCCGAUUUGCGCUCAUGACACUGUACGUGGCCACGGGAGGAUCGGCAUGGCAACGCACGGAUGGGUUUGUCUUGCCCGAAUCGGCAUAUGCCUAUAAAAGUGCCUGUGAAUUUCCCUAUUAUACGUGUGCCGGACAACCCGUGGCGGUGCCGGCAGUCAGUGUCUCGGCCACAAUCAGUCCAAACAAUACAACUGUGCCGCCGACGACCAUCAAUCCAUUGACUACAGUAGUUCCAGGAACAGCAACGGUGGAGCCCACAAUUGGAACGACCACCAUCAAUCCAUUGGCCACAGUAGUUCCAGGAGGAGGAACCACCAUCAAUCCAUUGGGAACCAUUACUCCCAGCACGACAGCGCCGUUGGGCACGAUUACACCAUCCAAUGCAGCUAGCACAACACCUCCCUUUAUUGUCGGGACUACAACGUCUCCAUUGGGAACCAUUACGCCUAGCACGACAGCGACUACGACCAAUCCUCUACUACCAGUAGGGACAACACCGCCCAUAUUGGAGACCAUUGCACCAUCGGAUCUUACCGCCACAGCAGCACCAGGGACGACAAAUGCUCCUUUGGGAACCAUCAUUCCCACCACGACGGCAUCCACAACACCUCCACUUGUAGGGACAACAAUAGCUCCCACCACUGUGGUGACCACAGCAAACAACGCCACGACAGUAGCUCCCACAACAAACAACUCAACCACAGUUGCAACGACUUCCAAUGCCACAACGGUGGCUCCCACAAAUAACAACUCCACUGCAGCAGUGGCGACCACGAAUAGCAACUCGACGACGUUGGCUCCGACAACUAACAACUCCAGUACAGUGGCACCCUCAACAACCAACUCCACUACAGCGGCUCCCACAACUUCCAACUCCACUACAGCGGCGACCGCAACAAACAACUCCACUACAGUGGUGCCCUCAACAACCAACUCAUCUACAGUGGCUCCCACAACUAGCAACUCCACUAACUCCGCUACUGCGGCUCCCACAACGUUUAACUCCACUACUGCGGCUUCCAAUGCCACAACAGUGGCCCCCACAACUAACAACGCCACUGCAGUGGCGACCGCGGCUUCCAAUGCCACGACAGUGGCUCCCACAAAUAACAACUCCACUACUGCGGCUCCCACCACUUUAAACUCAACCGCGGCUCCCACGAACAACAACAACUCCACCACAGUGGCGCCCUCAACAAACAACUCCACUACAGUGGCGCCUGGACAACGGUACCUACGACAACGACGAGAGCGUGAGCGUUACUCGGGUAACGCCUCGACAGUGUCUGAACAGACUUAUUUAGACGCCCGACAUCAACAAGAACGAGAACUGGAACGACAACUAUACGAAAGCGCAUUUGCCAAGGGCACCACCCUCAACUUGACCGGUCAGGGACUCUUGCAAGGGACCUUGCCACCAGAAAUUGCACUUCUCACGUCGUUACAAAAUGUACACAUCACCAACAAUCCAGGAUUGCUCGGUACCAUCCCUGAUAGUAUACGAUUCUGGCAAGAUUUCCUAUUUAGCUUGAUCCUGUCUGGAAAUUCUCUACAGGGUACGCUUCCCACUAUUGUCGGUCAGCUACGCCAUGUUCGAGAGUUGUGGAUCAACGACAACCAAAUGACAGGCACCAUACCAGAACAACUGGCGUUGCUAUCGCAAUUGACUUCGUUGCAGAUUCAAAACAAUCAAUUCACAGGGACACUGCCCUUAUUGGUUCGGGAAUACCCAUACAUUCAAGAUGUGAACCUCGCGGGCAAUCAAUUUGUUGGACCUUUGCCCACAUUCUACAUCGCCGGUGCAGCCACACAAGUACGACAGAUUUUGCUUUCGAGCAACAACUUUAAUGGCACAAUACCCAGAGAGAUAGGAGCACUGGGCAAUCUGGAAGUGUUGCAACUGCACUCCAAUCCGCUGGUGACGGGGACUGUACCGGAGGAGAUUUGUGCCUUGCCAAAGCUACAGCAACUCACCGUGGACUGCAACAUUGUGGCUUGCACAUGUCAGCAGUGCGAGUGUCCAACUGGAGGGGCCCCGCGUACGGCCGACCUGUUGUCGAUAUUGCCCGCUUACAGCGUUGGUGCCAUCUCAGCCGAUAGUUCCGGUCCACAAGCACAGGCAUACAAUUGGUUGAUCGGGGAUCCUGCCGUGACGACGUACACGAACGAGCAACAGCUGCAGAGGUUCGCCUUGGCCACAAUGUUUUACUCCACCAGUCAACCUCCCGACUACAACUCGUGGGGUACCAGCACUGGUUGGCUCACGACGGAGCAAGGCAAUGAAUGUUCCUGGGCGUCUACACCGUCUGUUUUGUAUCGACUGGAAGAUGCUUCGGCGGGAUUGACAACCUGUCUGGAGAACGCGGCAGCCUACGACGCCUACCAAGCACUUCGGCUAGCCAACAACUCGUUGAUUGGUACACUCCCAGAUGAAAUAGCACUGCUCUCCAAUCUUCAACUGUUCCAAAUUCAUGAGAACGCUUUGUCCGGACCCAUUCCUACAUCCAUUGGUGCGCUCACCGCCUUGACUGUGUUGGAUAUGGAAAAGUCAGGCUUGACGGGCACGGUGCCUACUCAAAUCAUGGCGCUGUCUGCCCUCACCAAGGUCUAUCUUGGCAGCAAUGCGUUGAAUGGCACAAUUCCAGCGCAGAUAGGAAGUUUGACGGCCGUGGACACUCUGCAGCUCAACAUCAACCAGUUGUCGGGGACCAUCCCAGUGGAAAUCGGGCAACUGGCUGCCAAUCUACUCCGUUUGUACAUGUCUGCCAACAAGCUAUGGGGGCCAUUACGGUUCGGACGGCUGACUUCCUUGGUGGAGUUGUAUGUGGACGCAAACGCCCUAACGGGCUCUUUCGAUGUGAAUGGCGUACCCCUGACCACGGCACCUUCAUUGGCGCAUGUAGUACUGUCGAACAAUGAUUUGACGGGUUUGCUGCCGUCGGAACUGGGUUCCAUGCCCGCUCUCCAAGUGUUACUGUUGGACGGCAAUCGAUUCGAUGGGGCCAUCCCUCCCGCGAUCUCUGGUUCAGCAGCAACACUGCAAUGGUUGCAUUUGACAAACAAUCAGCUCACAGGAAUGCUUCCGACCGAGCUUGGGCUCAUGACUCAGCUGGUGGAGUUUCAUGCAGGAGACAACCGCAUUGUUGGAUCGAUCCCGACAGAGCUGGCGCAAUGCUUCCAGCUGCAGUCUCUUGCUAUCGAGACAAACCGUUUGUCCAAUACAAUUCCCCUUGAACUCUUCUUCAUGCCUUCCCUGACCAAAGUCAAGAUUGAUCACAAUGAUCUCCGAGGCACUCUUGCGCCGGAGAUUUCGUUGCUGUCGAAUACGCUGACUUGGAUGGAUCUUUCGUGGAAUGCAAUGAGCGGCUCCAUUCCACUGGAACUUUCGUUGCUCACGAACCUUGAGUGGGUCUACCUUGAACGCAACAACAUGAACAAGGCGAUACCAUCGGAGCUCGGGCUGUUGCCAAAGCUGAAGGAACUUUCGCUUUACGGUAUGCAGCUGACGGGUUCUAUUCCUUCAGAGCUAGGAUUGUUGGGUGCCUCCAUUACAGGUAUUUAUCUCCAUGAGAAUUAUUUAUCAGGAAUGAUCCCCAGUGAGCUUGGACUUCUCACCAAACUUGAGAGCAUUUGGUUGCAUGUGCUAGCCUUGACUGGUACCGUUCCAGCGGAGCUUUGCGCCCUGAAAACCAAUGGGACUCUCAAGACCCUUGCUGUGGACUGUAACCAAAUCACUUGCUCCUGUCAGUGCAGUUGCCCCACAGAAGGUGGCGAUGCUCCCAGGAACAAUCCCACGCUGGCUUCUCUUGCCGAGUCCUUUCAAAUACAAGAUCCAGCCUUUCGUAACCCGCCCAAGGACGCGCCGCCUUCACCAGCGGCUACGGUUGCCGGAGUCAGUGACAGCAGCAGUCUGAGCGGGUUGUUUAGUCAUUCUUAGCUACAGAAACUAGCGACUGGCUACACCCUUUUGGAUCACAGCUCAGUGUUGGUUGGGUGAGAUUAUGAAUGCUAUUAAUAGGGCUUGGUGGAUUCAAUGAAUGCAAACCUUGCUGCAAACCUUGUAUGGCAUUAUGGCAUCAAACCAAACCGCGAUCUUGUAGCAGGUGAAUGCAAUGAAUGGAGCCCCAACCACAUCCACGGUAUAGUGGGCAUGUUGCAAGAGAACACCCGUUGCCACCAGCAAAGUGGAUAAGAGUAGGACGUUUCUGCGCCAUCCUCUCGCAUUGAGGCACAUCAAGGUCGUUGUGGCAGUGUGCCCCGAGAAGAAUAGAUCCUUGGUGUAGUCCGUGCUGGUGUGGAAGAGAAGCCGCAAGACGGGGUCGCCAAGGGGGAUGACUUUGGGCGGAGCUUCCAAGGGUGUCAAGAGGAGUGUGAUGGCUCGAAUGGAAAUGACGAGAAAGAGGGAGUGGUUACCAGCGAGGAGAGCUCUGGGUCGAAAGAGUUGAUCCGAAAAGUAGAGCCCCAUGGAGGAAUAGAGGACCAGAGAGAUGGCAACACUAUUGUCAAUGGGAUCAAACAAUGCCAGUACUGGGUCAAACAAUACCGCACCGUGGCGGUUUGCCACAAACACGAACACUUCGGCAAAGCAGUAAUUUGCAAUCACCAGAGUGACCACCGAGAUGACGAGAUACCAACGUCGCCACGGAACUUGCCAAAAGCCGGACCAACUCAUCUCAUUGUUAUUCUGCUGGCACCAUUUCCGUUUUUCGUCCAUUUCGGAUGGCCUGGACAGCCUGAUGUCUGCGUUCUUGAUGAACCUGACCACACUUGCUAAGACACGCCGUUGGUUGGGGUUGGCCUUUUGUUGCAUCUCGGUGGCAUUGUUUUGCUGGAUUGCCUCCCAAACAGGAAACUUUAUGUGCCACCCGCACGGCCUCUGGCAGCCACAUGGCUUGAUAUGGCAUCCAUUGACUGGAGUAGUAUCGGUUUUGAUGUUUAUGUAUUGGAGAGACGUCGAGGAUUCCUCCUUGCCUCGCACCGAUGCCUCUUCCCCGGCUCAGGACACAGAUACUUCCGACCCUACUACCGAUCUAUCCCUGAGCACCGAUACCGAUUCUUCCUUGAAGGACGAAACGUCGCUCAAAGACAGUCCUCGUGCUUCCGACGGUCAUUGAGUAUCGGAUGGCAACUCGGUUACUGUAACAGUAUAGCUAACAAGUGCAUCGAUAGUGUCCACCACAUUCAUGCGCGAAACACCGUUUGGGCGGGUAUAUUCAGAUUGCUGAAGGGCCCGGUCAACGACUUUCAACGCUACCAUCACCACAGGAAGACACUGUAGUGGACCUGUACCGUAGCAAGGGGGCCACAGAAAAGACACAUUGGACGCACUCCUUCGUAAGCUUGAAGCAUAGAACAACGCUGUAAGUUCGUAGAAAAGUAGAUAGAUUGCCAUUACACGCAGAG